UCCUUUUUGCGAUUUUCACCUGGAUUGGGGUGUCCUGCAGUCAGCCAAAGGGGGCUGUCUGAGGCUUCAGCUCCAUCCACCUCUCGUUCCCCGACCCCCCGGGCCUGUUUGCACCUCUGUGUGUGUAUGGGAGUUUUCCCCUCCAGAGCCCAGAGAACAAACAUCACAACACCAACUCUUCAACUCAUGAGUUCCUACCCUGCCCUGAUGGCUACUGGCAGCACUUCCCACAGCCCGCUCUACCGGGUCCUGGUUCGGGUAUCUGAAAACUGCCCGAGAAUGGAGAGGAAGCUACAAAAGUAUUUCCAGAACCCGUGGAAGUCGGGGGGAGGCAAGUGCAAGGUCAAAGCUGGUCCUACAGAAGGCACUUUCUGGGUAGAGUUUUAUAAAAGACAAGCCAAGGAAGGUGUCAUAGCAAAAAGAGAUCACUCUGUGGUUAUCAAUGAUACUUCACACGUGGAUGUCUUCAUAGAAUCAAGCGAAAACCCAGAAGAGAACAAUACUUUGGAGAUAAGUCAGCCUUCCCCUCAGACUCAGUCACUCCCAGAGGAAGUUCCAUGUGAGAAACAACCAGAAGAAGGAGGUGCUUCUAACUCCUCAAAUUGCUUCAUUCAAAAGGCAUUUCUUCAUGUGGAGGCCCAGCUGAACUUCAGUCUUUCCAAAGAACAGAGGGAAAAAAUUACUAAUCUCUGCCCAAAUAUUAAAAUAGAGGGAGGCCAUGAUAUGCCUGAGAAAGUGAUUGGUGACUAUGAAGAUAUUGGAAAAAUUUACCAUUUCUUAAAUGAGAGCGUACUGGGCAAUGAGCAGAAAGAGGAUUUUUCCCACUCAGCCGCAGCAAGAGAAAUCGAGAAUGUUGUGCCAAAUGACUGUGACAAUCCUAUUCACUCAAACCCAAAACACAGUGCAGAAGAAGAGUCAGACCUUAUCACAAUUUCUUCACAUCUAUAUGAAUAUUUUAAAUGUUUCUUUGCUGAAACUUUGGCCAGAAUCGAAAGUGAGUUUCAAGUACGUAUCAUCAGUACUUUCGUAUAUCCUACAGGCAAUGUGUGUUUAGACUUUGAGCCAGCUAAAUCAGGGGACAGGAAGGCAGCUCAAGAAGCUUUCACCAGAACAUUUCAGAGGGAAAUGCAGAAUGUGACCCAUCAAGAUGUUCAUUUCACAGAUAAUAAGCUGGCACUUGACGUCCAAAAAACACUGACCGAUAUGUUUCAAAAUAUGUAUGUUAAAGCUGAAGGAAAAGUCUUAAUCCUCUUGGGAAACCCACGGGAUAUUUUAGGAGCUCAACAUUUCAUUGAGACAAAUUUCUCCCGCAAACAACCUGAAGAAAUGAUGGCUUCCCAAAACCUGAUGAAGAAUGGAAUUGAAGUUGAUACCAUUCAGUUGCGUCUUCUGCACCCAGAAGUCAGAGAAAUAGAGAAAAAAUAUGACACUGCAAUGGAACUGAUGAACAAUCCCCAAACUCAGAAAACCCUCGUUGUAUUUACACCAAAAGACAAAGGCAUAGACCUCUCUGCACAUGCUUAUGAAGAUUUUGUUGAUAUCUUUCAGAUGCUCUUACCUCAGAUUGCCAAAGAGGUAGUGAACCUGAAAUCAUUGGUUCAAGAAAGAAAGUGUUGGCCUGAAAAACCAUUCUUUGAAGACUUUGAAAGAAAGCACCCCCAUGUAAACUUGGAGUGGAAUGGACAAGAACUGACAUUGGCUGGUUUGCCUAAGUACCUUGCAGAAGCAGUGGAAUAUGUUAAGAGAUAUUUUAGUAUUGAAAGUCCUGUUCAGCAGAGACAAUGGCCAACCCUUUCCCUUGGAAGAAAUUGGAAUAGAGACUCCAAAUCCCCCUUGGACAAAAUUGUUGACGAUUUCAGAAUGGCUUUACCUCCCUUUAAGGGAUUGCCUAGCUGGUGGGACUUAGGAAAAGAGGAAGAGGAAGAGUGUGUCAUCUGUAUGGAAAGCAUUCACCAGAAAGAAGUACUUCCAAAGUGCAAGCAUGCAUUCUGUGGCCCUUGUAUCAGAGAGGCCAUGAAACAUAAGCCAGUGUGCCCUGUAUGCCAGACCUCCUAUGGUAUUGUGAAAGGGAAUCAGCCAGACGGAACAAUGACAACGUCUUACAGGGAUUCUUCACUUCCGGGUUACAAUUCCUAUGGCACUAUCGUGAUUCAUUAUGACAUGCGGGGAGGCAUCCAGACAGAAGAGCAUCCCAAUCCAGGAAAACGCUAUGAAGGAACGAGACGGGUGGCGUACUUGCCCAAUAAUGAAGAAGGACGGCAGGUUUUACAUCUCCUCAGAAGAGCUUUUGACCAAAAGUUGAUUUUCACAGUAGGACAGUCUCGCACAUCAGGCGUCAAGGAUGUGAUCACCUGGAAUGAUAUUCACCACAAAACUCUACAAUUCGGCGGGCCGGAAAACUUUGGUUACCCCGAUCCCAGCUAUCUGCAACGAGUCAAACUGGAACUGAAGGCAAAAGGAAUCGAGUAAGAAUGCUGACUUCAAGGAUGCCUUGGGAACUGGGCUUACAAAAGUUGUAGCUGUGGAAAAGAAUCAAAGGAAUCAUUAAAAUUAUUGUGUGUGUGUCUGUGUGUAUGUUUGUGUAGUAUUUAGAGAAAAAUGUAAUAAUGUGAGAAGAAAUUAGUUUGCUCAGGAGUGAGUGGGAUGAACUGCUACCUGCUAGCCUGUCUAAUUUCUUGGAGUUUGUACUUUUUAUUAGACAAAUUGAGAGCCUGGUAGAAAUGUAAAAGUUGCUCUAGUAAGAACCCAAAAUAUAUCUCUCAGUGCUUUGCUGCUUGUAUCCAUUUUGCUGUCAGCAGGUAUGCUGGAGAAGGAAUAUUCCAUUGUACCAAUUGCACAAGUGAUGCACAAUGUGAUGACUGUCCCCCAGAUCCAUUCAUAUUUAUUGUGGUGAAUUGUUGGUAGCCGCAGAAUUAACCAGAAUUAGCUCCCUUUUAACUGGAAUGUACCUAAGAACAUUAAAAAGAUUGGAGGACAUCUUGAAGAAAAUUAGUCUCCAGAUACUUCCAUGAAUCCUUCACUGCAGAAAGAAACUAGCCAUCCUUGGAGCUGUAACAAAUUUAAUGGAAAUUAACGAGUGGAGAAAGAUAUUUCAAAUUCAAUGGCUUCCAGUCACUUUGAAGAACAAUUAGAAAAGACUCUGGCAUUCAAAGUCCUUCAUGACCUUACCCCUUCCUUCUCUUCCCCACUAUGUGCUCUGUGAUUCCAUGAUAUUGGCUUGACAUUCCUUGCACAAGAAACUCCAUCUUUCCUGAUCGUGCAUUUUCACUGGAUAUCCCCCAGGCCUGGAAUUCUUUUCCUCUGCAUUUCUACUGACUGGCUUCCCUGACUUCUUUCAAAUUCUUCCUAAAAUCCCACCUUCUACACUUUUCCUUACCUUUCCUAAACCUUGUUAACACUAGUGCUUUUUCUGUGUGGAUUAUCUCCAAUUUGUCUUGUAUGUAGCUUGUUUGUUAUGUAAUUGUUUGCAUAUUGUCUUCCCUGUUACACUAUAAAGUAUUUGAGAGCAGAGACUGUCUUUUGCCUUCUUUUAUAUCCCCACCAGUUAAUAAAUGCUUGACUAACAGAUUAAGGGGAAGAUCAUUGACCUGGAAAUCAGUUUCCAAAUUAAUUGGUAACUGGCACUGAUUCAUUUGCUGCUCAGCUUUUCUACAUUCUUAGUUCACCUUUUAGGGUUUACCUUGUGGCAUUUGCUCUGUUUAUUGAGUCUUAGUGAGACCACAUUCAUACUUAAAUAUUUUCCUACUUUUAACCUCCACAAAAUUGCCUGCUAAAGAUGCCAUUUUUCUAGGUGCCAGCUCAAAAGUGUACUUAUAGGGCAACAGAUGCAAUGCUCACUCAUCUCUGUAGGAGUCUACCUUUUGUAUUUACUACAAAAACUAAGCAAAAAUAUUCAUUAGAAUCUUACAUACUGGAUUCUUUGGCAUUGCUUGGAAAAGGAAAGAACCUUUUAUACUGAGAGGUCCCUUUUCUGUUUACAAAUAGCUUAUUGAAUAUAAUACCCUAUUGCCCCAAGACAGGAAAUUUAAGUAUUGUAGCUAAAAUAAUCGUUAGUUGGCUCUCUAAAUUAUUAAAUCAUCUGAAUCUAGCUCUAUACUUAUGUUAGGGGAAACAUAAUUUAAUGGUUAUGUCAGAUACUUCUAAUAAAAUCAGAAGUGUCAUGAUCAGAAAGAAAAAGUUAUGAUCUGUUAGUAAUUUAUCAACUAUUUCUGCAUUUUAACAUUUGUUUGCAAUAACUCUGUGCCCUAAAUUGACAAAGUUCCAUGUUCCAUUGUCAAAUAUGUACGUUCUUUUGCAGUUCCAUUUAGAAGACUGCAGAAAUCUUUCUGAUCUAUUCUCCAGUGAUGUGUUCAGUUCCUUAUUUUCUUUUUCUAUUAAAAUUAUUGCAAACUAAGAGAGAAACAUUGAUAAUUUGAUAUGUAAACAAAUACAUUUAUACUCUUAUCUUUUUAUGAGGUACAAAUCAGCAAUUUCCUCAUGUGAGCCAGGAAGAUGUUUUGAGUCUCAAAUAUGGAGAAUUCAGGAGCCACAAUUAUUGGGGGCCCAAGUACAAGCUGAAGGCUGGGAAGGUAUAAUAAAUUAACGUGGACCCUUUGAUGGAAUAAUCAACUUUAAAUUUCCUGCAAAUGUCUAGAAAAUAUUGUAGGUGAAGCACAGGAAUGCUUAAAUUUGGAUAAACUGGUACACAAGAUAACGUUAUCUAAUUUUCCUUCUUUUCUUACCAGUAAAAUCGGCAAUUGCCUCUUUUUUGGGGAGAGACCAGAGGAUAACACAGAAUAAGUGACUUGGUUACCUUAACAGGUCUGGUGAAGUGGACGAAAGUUGCCAUUGAGAAUGAUUUUUGGCUUUGACUAAAUGCUCUUCCAUAACAUACUCGACAGAUUCCAUUCUUGUGCUCCUGGCAUGCCAGAGCUUUUCCUUUCUGUUUAGGAUUAAUCACAAGAACAUAAGCAACAAAAACCACAAACAUAUCUUUAACUACAAAAACAAAACCAACUACAAUAGAUAUGAUAUUAGGGGGUCCAGUGUAUGUAUUUUAUCUCCUUUGAGUCAGCAGCAGACUUAUAAUUUUGAUGCUUUUUGUAGGUCAAUUGGCAGAAGAAUUAAGUGAUGCUAAGACAUGAAAUGGGACUUUGCCAGAAUGACAUCUUAUAAGUGGUUUAGGUGGUAUUCCUUAUAGGGCUCUCCUGUUUCCAUGUCCAAGUCUGUAUGAUUUUUGCUGUCAACUAUCACUUUUUCUCCUGUAGUUCAUUUCUUCUUUUCCUUUUAAAAAUAUUUAAUUUGGACUUUUUUUUUAAAGUUUAGGUUCUAAAUUCUCUCCCAUUUUUCCCCUAGUCAAUGUGAUAAAAAGAAAUAUGAUGCUAAUAAUAAAUGUGAAAUCAUGCAAAACAUCUUUACACUAAUCAUAUUGUAAUAUAAAGUGAGAAAAAUAAAGAAAGUAAAAACAUUAA